AUGGGGUCUCUUCUUCUUUGGUUGCUAUGUAGUCCAAUUACGUGCUUCACUGGUUUCAUCAUCUUCCUCCUCUUCCUCCUUCAAAAAUGGUUCCCAAAUUCAAAUUCAAAUUCACUUCCAUCUCCACCAAAAAUUCCCAUUUUCGGACACCUUCUGAAUCUGGGUUUGCAUCCCCACAUCACACUCCAAAGCUACGCUCGCCACCAUGGCCCUCUGUUUCUCCUCCACCUCGGCAGCAGGCCCACCGCCGUCGUCUCCUCAGCCGAAUUGGCCCGCGAUGUCAUGAAAACCCACGACCUGGUCUUUUCCAACCGACCCAAAUCCUGCAUUAGCCAAAAGAUUCUCUACGGCGCCAGAGACAUCGCCGCAUCCCCUUACGGCGAGUACUGGAGGCAGAUGAAGACUAUUGGCGUGGUUCAUCUCUUGAGCAACAUAAGGGUCCAGUCAUUUCGCUCUGUCAGAGAAGAAGAGGUCAAAUUCAUGAUUCACAAGAUCCAACAGAGUCCAAUCUCGGUGAAUUUGACCCAAAUAUUCUCUGAACUCACAAAUGACAUAGUUUGCAGAGUGGCGUUGGGGAGAAAAUAUGGGGUUGGAGAAGAUGGGAAGAAAUUUCGAUGUCUUCUGCUGGAAUUUGGGGAAUUACUGGGGAGUUUCAGUGGAAGAGAUUUCAUCCCGUGGCUGGGUUGGAUCGAUGGAAUUAGUGGAUUGGACGCCAAAGCAGAGAGAGUAGCAAACGAAAUCGAUGCUUUCUUAAACAGAGUGAUUGAAGAUCAUGUAGAAACGGGGGAAAUUAGUGUCGAUAAGCACAAGGAUCUGGUGGAUAUUCUGCUUUCCAUACAGAAACAAGACUCAAUUGGUUUCCCCCUUGAAAUGGACAGCAUCAAAGCUUUGAUCUUGGACAUGUUUGCAGCAGGUACAGACACGACGUAUACAGUGUUGGAGUGGGCAAUGUCGCAACUUUUGAGACACCCAGAAGCAAUGAAGAAACUGCAAACCGAGGUUAGAGAAACAGUAGGGGAUCGUGAGAAAUCAUGUGUAAGUGAGGAUGAUUUAGAGAGGAUGCAUUAUUUAAAGGCAGUAAUCAAAGAAACGCUGCGACUACACCCACCGAUCCCACUUCUCGUCCCUAGAGAAUCGACCCAAGACAUCAAAUUAAGGGGCUAUGAUAUCAAAGCUGGGAGUCGAGUGAUAAUCAAUGCAUGGGCCAUUGGGAGAGACCCGGAGCUGUGGGAAGAAGCAGAGGAGUUUCGUCCAGAACGAUUUCUAAACAGUUCGAUCGAUUUCAAGGGCCAUGAUUUUGAGUUAAUCCCAUUCGGUGCAGGGAGAAGAGGGUGUCCUGGAGUUGUGUUUGCAAUGGUAAUUAAUGAGAUCGCUUUAGCAAAUCUAGUACAUAAAUUCGAGUGGACAUUGCCGAGUGGAGCAAACGCAGAGGAUUUGGAUAUGACGAUGGUGUCUGCGUUAACAAUUCAUAGGAAGUUUCCACUUGUAGCUACCGCAACUCCUUACUAGUUGAGUGUUCUUUUGUAGAGAAGGCAACAUUGUCUUUGGGUUUGAUUGUACGUGCGUUUUGAGUUUCAUUAGCUUUGCAAAUUAUGUGCCAAUAAAAAAAUUAC